CAUGUAAAUUAAGCCUACCGUCAUGAGUGUCGACAUGAUACAGUAGUUAGCUUACUAGACACGAAUGCCUUUCGUUUCUGAAAGGUUUAACUUUAAACCUUUUGCACGAAGCUGAGAGUCAAUAGUUGUCCUGCCCCGAAUUUAUUAUGUGAAUCUUAAACUUUCUAGUUCUACAGUUUUUGUGAGCCAUGGACGCUCUCGAUGGUAGGCUGAGUGAGGUUGGUUGUAGCAUAGGCCUAGAGCAUGGGGGUAGAAAUUGUAUUUCUACCCCCAUGCAUAGAGCAAAGAUCAGAUUGCAGGAACUCAUGAGGAACUCAGAAACAAGAGGAUGCCUGUGAACUGUAUAGCAGGGCAGCUAACAUGUUCAAAAUGGCCAAGAAAUGGAAUGAGGCAGGUAAUUCCUUCUGUAAAUGUGCCGAGAUCAGGUUACGUUUAGAGAGCAGGCACGAAGCUGCCACCAGCUACGUAGAUGCUGGUAACUGCUACAAAAAGAACAACCCACAAGAAGCUGUGAAGGUGCUGCAGCGGGCCAUUGAGAUCUACAUCGACAUGGGCCGGUUCACCAUCGCCGCAAAACACCACAUCUCCAUCGCUGAAAUCUAUGAGAAUGAGCUGAUCGACCUGGAGAAGGCGGUGGAGAACUACGAGAGGGCUGCAGAGUACUACAAAGGGGAGGACUCUAACAGUUCAGCCAAUAAGUGUUUAUUGAAGGUAGCCAUGUAUGCAGCACAGUUGGAACAGUACGCCAAAGCCACCGAAAUCUACGAAGAAGUCGCAAAGACUGCAAUGGAAAGUUCUCUGCUCAAAUACAGUGCCAAGGAGUACUUCUUUAAGGCGGCCUUGUGCCAUAUGUGUGUGGACGCCCUGAAUGCACAACACGCUGUCACCAAAUACAAUGAAAUGUUCCCAGCGUUUGCAGACAGUAGGGAACAUAAGCUCCUCAGUAAAUUAUUGGAUGCAGUGGAGGAACAGAAUGUUGAUAACUAUACUGAAGCAGUCAAAGGCUACGAUUCCAUCUCUCGAUUGGACCAAUGGCUGACCACGAUUCUGUUGAGGAUCAAGAAGACUAUCAGCGGUGAUCCAGAUCUACGGUAAUCUGUCCUGACCGUCCGGCUGUCGCUGCUCAAGAUAAGCUGUUUUGUCUUCUUUCAAUUUCUGUCAAGAAAAGUGUAUUUAAUCAAGGAAUAGAAAUACUCUGUUAGUGAAUAACCCGUAUAUAAGCCAUUUACCCGAGUCAAAACUGGGAUAAGAAUUCCUAAGAUUAUUAUAAGCAAGCACCUGCUUAAACUUUGAUGAUAAGAUUCAUUGAGAAACUUGCAUUUUAUCACACUGUAGUCAGCCCAUGCAGUCACCCAAUGAUGUGAAUUUAAUGGAAAGGGCGACUUUUUUAAUUUGUCUGUUGACUGCACCAGUUGGUGGUCAAACUCGUACCCUUUGACAGCUUCAAGCAUUGAAAUGAAGAUUGGGAAUUCUUCAAACAAAACUUUGUCAUUACACCCACCUACGAGUAUAUAUCUUUAAAAAGUGGAACAUUUUCUAACAGGUUUGUCCUAAGUAUGGACUGCAGUGUCCUCGAUAAUUGCAGUUGGUUUUGUUUGAAGAAAUACCAAGCAUGCAUGCGCAUUCCACCAUGUUACUUUCAGAUGCAUUACCUGUGUUGUUUGAAACAAGGUUUGGUGUUUAGGUUUUUCUACUUGUGUAUUGUGACUGGCCUUUUUUCAUGACGCGUUUUUGAUAAGAGACAUACAUGAACGUAUACACGUAGACCAAUCGGGCGAUCAGACUUACAGGCUAUCUCUGCCGUGGUGCCAUGCUUGGGCCCCGGGGUUAGGCGUACGUUUCAAUACCUCUUCAACCAAGACAGUGUUGUGAUUUGCCCAAGUGCAUGUACGCCUCAUGCUUCGGGAGACAUGAGCUUGAGGCCACCCCAGUAAUGGCGUCCGAAUGUCUGCUAGAACAUCGGUUUGCUCUUGGUAUGUGUGCUGUUCUUUGCAUCUGUGCCGUUUGAGAGCCAAUUUCCCUUACAGCUUAAAUUAUGCAAACUGUUCUUGUUCUUCAUUUUACCAAAAAUAGCUUUCUCACUCUUUCCUGGCUACGAAAUUGGCCCUGACCAGCUGACUCAAUGCAAUCAAAUGAUUUUUGUUUGUCGUAUGUAGAACUACUGUGUACAUGUAUAUAUAAAUCAUGAGUCUAUUUACAAUGGUUAGUGUUAUAAUGUAGUUUGAUAGAUGCAUUUAUCACCAGGUAAUCCUACUGUGGCUCCACAGGUUGGUUGGUUAAGAAUCUUUCUUUUCGUCAGUGGUAAUUUGAGUUUAUACACUUUAAAACCAAGGCAAGUGCAUUUUGAGGGAGUGAUAGAAUUACUUUUGUAUCAUAAAUACGGAGGUCAUUUGUGUAUUGAUUCUUGCCAGGAAGGGAUUUGCGCUAUAUGAUUUGUUUUUCCAACUUAAAGUCCUUGUUUUUUUCUGACACAGUCAUACUUCAAUUACGUCAGUUCGUCACAUUGUUGACGGUAUACAAUUCAGCGUUUGAUCACUGGUAGAAUUAGAUAAUCAUUCCAGAUUCUAAGUAUCUACAUGUAAACAAGAAAACUUGUGUAUAAUUGUAAUUUGUGUAAUUUCAUAAAGUGUAUAUUGUCAUUGUCAGUGAUAGUUUCAUCGGUCAGUUGCAUUCAAUUCUAAUUUGGAAAAGAGCAGAAUUGUGCCGACGAAAACAAUUUUCAUUUCGAAUUUUAAACAUUUCCCUUAAGGUUAACGAUCCACAAUUUCCUGACAUCAUUUAAGCAUUUUGUCUUUGAUCUUUCAGCGAGUUUACAAAUUUAACCUAGCAAGCAUAUAAACAGCUAAACUAAUGUUUUGUAACAUGCAUUGAAAUGUACAGUUGUUGAAGGAUUUAUGACCACUUCCUAAGUUCAGCUCAAGUAAUAAAGUUCACAUGUAUCCAUCCCCUUUUCUUCUUGGAAAAAUACAGUAGAUUAACGUCAACCUUUUCCGGGGUUUUCAAAAUGAGUCACAUUUUUCUGAAUGACAAAAUUGUAACUACUACAGCCCGUUUUCAAUGUACAUGUAAUAAACUACAUUAACAUUAAAGAAGAAGCAUAUGUUAUAGUAACUCCUUAAACUUUUCUUUUAUUUUAGUCCUCUUGAGUUUUCCACUCUGGAGGACCAGUGAUGCGUUGUCUGUACGGUUAAACUUUCACAGUGAAAAGUAACAGUGGCUGGGCUCAGCCUUCUAAAUUACGGAGAACCCUCUGGAACCUGCUAGAUUUUUGAAUGAUCUGGUAGGGUAAGGGUGGGUGAUACAUUGUAAAUGUGGUAUAGUACGGAUUUACGGUGUGCUAUAAAGCAGUAUGAAAAAUAUAACGAUUUGUGUUGCAUAAACCUGUAAUCUGUGCGCACAGUUGUAUUGGCUUUUGAUUGAAAAGGUAUAAAAAGGGUUGUACACCAGAUUUUUAAUCACUCGUUGAGGUGCUGUUUGAUUUGUUUGUUAUACUUGGAAUUGUAUUCAAUCAAGUUAAUUUGAUUUGGCAAAAUUAUUUUCCAUACACGUAUUUUAUUUGAUGGUUCAUUCUUGAGAGCAUUUGGCUGGCUGUCAAAAAUAGCUGGGAAUGCAAAUUAAAGAAUUAACUGUUUGGGUGGGGGGCGAUAGUUUUCAAGAAAGAGCCCAUCCAUUCACACCUCAAGCAGAUAUCAAAAAGACGUUAGUUUUGGCUGAACAGAACUUAAAAGAUUUGAGCACGUGGUGGCCCAGAAACUACUUUAGUCAAUUCUUCCUGGCACGAGAAUUUUUAGGCCAUAGCAGCCUGUUAAUGUUGGUAUUUCAGGUGCUUUUCUGCUCCGAGACCCCAAAAAGUAAAAAAUUGGGAAAACGAUAUAAAAUAACUGAAGUAACUGCACUAAUACCAUUGUGAACCAUUUAGCCAUGUAUGUUUCAUCAUUAUUUCUGCUUGUCUGUAAAAAUGAGACAUUUAAAAUCUCCUGCCUGACACAUCUGCCCCUGUAUUUUCUCUCAUUUGGAAUGCAUGACUUAUUACCGUAAAACCUGCUUAUCUUGACUAGUUUUAUUCAAUUCAAAGGAAUGUCUGGUAUUGCAUCAAAUUAGCAUGGAACAAAAUCGGCGAGAGUAACGUACAUUUUCAAUCGAAAGUGAGUUUAUAUAGUAUAUUAGCAAGCUGUCUAGCUGUGGCACAAGUAUGGGUCUGCUUUCUCUGUGUAUAUUGAUCUAGCGAACAGAAUUGGUAGCCAUCACUGGACCGGCACUGUGCUCAUGCACAGUUGGCACACAACUUGUUUCUCCUCAUAAGGUACUGUGAUUUGCCAAAAUGAAUAGGCAUCACGAGUUCAAGAACAUGCGUAUUGAAUGUAGUGCCAUUGUGGUGGCUACUCGGACUAGUCUAUUGCAGAAUGCUGUAAGUUAAGAACGUAAUGAGGGCCAGGAGUUGUGGAGCCACAGCAUCAGAUGUGCUCUACUGUACCCGGACGUGUAUUUGAAACUGCUCAUCAGAUGUAAGCCCUGCAGCUGCAGGACUUCAAGACUUUUUGAAAUUGUAAAACACAUGGGGCAAAGUGUGCGUGCGUGUCAACAUACUGUCUAAAUCUUCUGCAGAUCUAUUAAAGUUUGUGUCUGCUUCGGCUUUACGUCAUUAUCAAGCCUAGACAUAGUCGGCAAAGCUGACAAAGCCAGGUGACCAGUAAAAGCUCAACCCCUUUUUGAGAUUGUUGGUUUAGUGCAAAACCCCUCCGUCUCUGGGGAUUUGAGUGCUGGUUCUUAUUAGCAAGUUGAAGUUGAUGUGCAAAGUUUUACAACCAUUUCAGGCAGACGCAUACACAGUUUCUCCAACUCAGCAGUACCGGUUACUUUGUCGAUUGAUUGUUACCAGUAAUUGUGCAAACUCAUUUUAUCUUCUUGUCUUACUUUUACUAUAAGUUUAUUCGAAAUUAUGCUUGUAUUAUUAACUUGUUACUGAUUGUAACAUAAAUAUUAUCAUACCAAAUUGUUCAAUAUUUCAUAUGUUUGGAAGAAGAGAGAACGAUGAAAAAAAGAAAUACUGAAUGGUAUUAAGGCAGGGAAAAGAAAAUUUUAUGUACAUGUAUUUAAAAACACCUCCAAGAACUUCAUGACUGUUUGAAAUUGGAAUUAAAUGUCUUGAAUAAAGUGUAAACCCCAAAAUUGAAAAAAAUAAACAGUGGACAUGUAA